CGAGUGCAAAGCAAUAGAUGAAGAUACCAUGGUUGGUAUCAGUCACUACAAACCAUCCAAGCAUAGCUCAUUGCCAGUAGACUACCUACAUAUAUUCGCUUCUCAAUUCUUGAAUACAGAAUAACCAGAACAGAAAUCCAAGAGCCAUGUUCGCGGCAACAGCGCGUAUUAUGACAAGGCCCCUCGGCCUCCCCGCAGGUCUUCGGGCCCGCCCGCUCCAGCGCACCGCCUUCUCCACCACGCCGUUCCGGACCACCGGCGGCACUACAUCGGGCAAGAACAGUGGCAACGUCAACGGCAACAAAUCGGGAAGCGGAGGAGGAGAUCCGAUUGAGAUUCCGGCAUUCAAUCUUCGACAUAUCACUUCGAGUCCCCGGGCGCGGUUCUGGUUGAUUACGGGGUUUUGCGUGAUUGCGAGUGUGGAGAUGUAUGGGUGGUAUAACUUUGGGCCGAAGAUUUUGGGGUGGGAGGGGAAGGGGAAGGAUGAGUGAUGGAGCUACGCGUGAACAUCAAGGGACUCUGAGAAGUUGUGGUUCGCUCGUUUGGGAAUUUGUCCCUAGGCGAUGGUUUCUCUACAUAUUUUAGAUCGUCAAUGCCAUCAACCAUGGCUUUGAAGGUACCAGCAAGACCCGCCAGAUGUGUACUUUUGCGAAUAGCUCUCUGGUAUGCUUAUAGUUUUGCUUAUGUAUAUCCCAAAACCUAUCACAUCUCCUUUCUGCCAAAGACC